AUGGCCCCGCCAACCAAGUCAACCGUUUCGGCGACGGCGGUGAGGAGGUUGCAUGCCACGGCACAACAUUUGCGUCCCGCCUCGGCAGCGGCGGGCCUUGCGAGCACGAGCACCAGCUACCCAACUACUCACGACAAGAUCCAGGAGGUGCACGACACGCCCUAUUUCAUUGACAACAAGUUCUUGAGCUCGAGCACCACCCAAUUCAUCGACCUGCACGACCCGGCAACAAACAACCUUGUGACCCGCGUGCCCCAGAAUACCGAUGAGGAACUCAAGGCGGCCGUUGCCUCGGCUCAGAAGGCGUUCGAGACAUGGCGACAGACCAGCGUACUGCACCGCCAGCAAAUCAUGUUCAAAUUCGUAGCCCUCAUCCGCGAGAACUGGGACCGCCUGGCCGCGAGCAUCACGCUCGAGCAGGGCAAGACGUUUGCGGAUGCCAAGGGCGAUGUGCUGCGCGGUCUGCAGGUUGCCGAGGCCGCGUGCGCUGCGCCGGAGCUACUCAAGGGAGAAGUGCUGGAGGUGGCCAAGGACAUGGAGACGAGGACCUACCGGGAGCCGCUGGGCGUUGUUGCGGCCAUCUGCCCAUUUAAUUUCCCCGCCAUGAUCCCGCUUUGGUGCAUCCCCAUCGCGACCGUCACGGGCAACACGCUCAUCCUGAAGCCCUCGGAGCGCGACCCGGGCGCGGCCAUGAUCCUGGCCGAGCUCUGCCAAAAGGCCGGGUUCCCCGACGGCGUCAUCAACGUGGUGCACGGCGCCCACCGCACCGUCAACUUCAUCCUCGACGAGCCCGCCAUCAAGGCCAUCAGCUUCGUCGGCGGCAACAAGGCGGGCGAGUACAUCUUUACACGGGGUUCAGCCAACGGCAAGCGCGUGCAGGCAAACCUCGGCGCAAAGAACCACGCGGCCGUCCUGCCGGACUGCAACAAGAACCACUUCCUCAACGCCGUCGUGGGCGCCGCGUUCGGCGCCGCGGGGCAGCGGUGCAUGGCGCUCUCGACGCUCGUCAUGGUGGGCGAGACCAAGGAGUGGCUGCCGGAACUCGCCGAGCGCGCAAAAACCCUCAACGUCAACGGCGGGUUCGAGCCCGGCGCCGACCUGGGGCCCGUCAUCUCCCCGCAGAGCAAGGCGCGCAUCGAGGGCCUGAUCGCCUCGGCCGAGCGCGAGGGCGCCACCAUCCUCCUCGACGGCCGCGGCUACAAGCCGCCCAAGUACCCCAACGGCAACUGGAUCGCGCCCACCAUCAUCUCCAACGUAACCCCCGACAUGCAGUGCUACCGUGAGGAGAUUUUCGGGCCCGUGCUGGUCUGCCUCAACGUCGAUACCCUUGACGAGGCCGUCGAGCUGAUCAACAGAAACGAGUAUGGCAACGGUGUGGCCAUUUUUACGAAGUCGGGCGCCACGGCCGAGUCGUUCCGCCGCAGCAUUGAGGCCGGCCAGGUCGGUAUUAACGUGCCCAUCCCUGUGCCCCUGCCCAUGUUCAGUUUCACGGGCAACAAGAAGAGUGUUGCGGGCGGCGGGGCAAGUACUUUUUACGGCCGCCCGGGAGUCAACUUUUACACGCAGCUCAAGACGGUCACGGCCAUGUGGGCUGGGGCGGAUGCUAUCUCGCAGAAGGCGGAUGUCGCUAUGCCGACGCAUAGUUGA